GAAGAGAAAGCGAAAGAUAGAGAGAGACUCAACACCACCACCCACAUCAAAACAAAAUCCCAGAUCUCGCUCCAUCUUUAAAACCCAGAUUCAGGAAACACGGGAAGAGGGUAUAGGCUGAAUCAGGGGGAAGCAGAAUGGUGCAGAAAUCGUUGAUCUACGCUUUUGUCUCCCGUGGGGAGGUGGGAAUUUCAAUUCCAUUGCGUUCCAGUUCUGCAGAAGCUUCCGGCUUCCAACAACAAGUUCACGUACAACUACGAUGGCGACACCUUCAGUUACCUCGUCGACAAUGGCUACACAUAUUGUGUGGUUGCUGAAGAAUAGGUAGGACGGCAUAUACCAAUUGCUUUUCUGGAGCGUGUCAAGGAUGACUUUAUGUCAAAAUAUGGAAGUGGAAAGGCUGCCACAUCUCUUGCAAACAGCCUCAAUAAAGAAUUUGGGUAUUAAGAGUAUGUAUGGUUAAACCUCAAUUUAUCAAGAGAAAUGAAUUCAAAUUUUAUCA